UGAUAUGUUCUUUACAUUGUGUAACAAGUAACAACAGUAGUUACCAAUUUUUAUCCAUUUUCCCGCGACAAAACCCUCACCUUCUUCUUCUUCUCUCUCUUCUCUGUAAAUCGGAGUGAUCUUCAAUGGUGGAGAGAAGAAAACCAUUGUUGCUUGCUUCCACAAAAGCUUUACUCAACUCCAUUCUUCAAACUCCAAACAACAACACCCUACCACCUCCUAAAAUUGACGCUAAUACCCUCGCUUCUUCUGAUGCUCCAUUACCAUUUCUUCAGCUUCAAGCUGGAAUUCUUCAAUUUCCGAAGGACAAAAACGGAAUUCCAUCCAGAAUUUCUUCUCUUGACCAUUCUUCUCUCGUCGGUCUCUCCACUUCCGACCUUAAACGCCUUGCCAUCACUUCAGGCUCUCUGGUAAUUAUCAAGAAUUAUGAGACCAAUGCUCAAAGAGUUGGGCAAGUUGUAGUUCUAGAUCCGCCUCUUUCCAAAGAUGAGCUUUUGCCUGAUAUAGGAGCAGGUUCUUGUGCCUCUGAGAUGAUGCUUAUUUUUCCAUCAUUGACUUUCCACCAAAACUAUGUCCAGCCGUUGAGCCAAAAUGUAGCCUAUAUCUCUCCUCUUUUAGCAUUUAAUGUGGACCUACAUACAUCAUGCUUCACAUCUCUUCUACGGCAUGGAAAAGAGUCUCUAGCAUCAAUAUUUGAUAUCGACGAGUGUCUAGAUAAAAGUGGACGAGGGGUCAAGGAUUGCAUUGUGAAUUUGAGGUUGGAGCCUUACCCUCAUGUACCACGUUGCGCGUCCCAUUUAAGAAUCUCCUUUUUGAAGAUACCCGAGUGUGGUACCAUGGAGUCUCUUAGAGAAAAAUCCUCCAUUGAAGCUAUGGAUCGUCAAGAAAUGAUUGAUUUGGCACUACAGGAAUAUUUUGAUAUUGAUAGAUAUCUUGCUAAAGAUGAUGUUUUCAGAAUCCAAAUUGACUGGAACUGCAAUUCAAUCCUGUGUGUCGGUUGUAGCCUGAGAAAGAAGAAUGAGCAAGGUGAUAUUAUUUACUUUAAGGUUGUUGCCUUGGAUCCUCCAGAGGAACCUAUUCUUCGUGUCAACCGUAAACAAACUGCCCUUGUUCUUGGUGGAAGUGCUGCUGCUGCUUUUCCCCCAGAUUUGCUGAUCUCUGAGCCUAUUAGUAUUGCUCCAUUACAGAGAGAUACAAUAAAGGCCCUGGGAUGCAUUCUUACCCCACCUCUAUGUCCUUCCGUACUUUCUUCGAAAUUCAGUGUUUCUGUGCUUUUGCAUGGCUUGGCAGAACCUUUAUUGCACAAACAAAUGUGUUCAAGUACAGAAACAUGCUGUAAUUUACCUUCAUAUCCAAGGACUCGAUCUGGGAAGAGGACUGUUGUCAGAUAUGUUGCUCGUCGACUUGGUCUGCAUGUAGUAGAGUACAGCUGUAAUAAUUUAAUGGAAGGGUCUGAUAAGAACAUGUCUUCACUGCUAACUCAGGCCUUCAGUACAACUCAUAGCUACUCUCCAGCCAUAUUGUUAUUGCGGCAUUUUGACGUCCUUCGAAAUUGGGCUUCCAACGAGGGUUCUCAAUCUGAUCACACUGGUAUGAUUUCUGAGGUUGCAUCUGUUAUAAGGAAAUUCACACAGCCGGUUGACAUGGCAGAAGAUAUUUCUUCAGAGGAAAGAUUGAGUCUUGGUCCAAAGCUGAAGAGUGCUGGAAGGAUAAGGUGGCCUCAUGUUUUGUUAGUUGCAGCAACUGAGAGUACUGAAGGUCUGCCGUCUGCUAUUAGACGUUGCUUUAGUCACGAGCUCAAUCUGGAUCCUUUAACUGAAGAAGAAAGAGCUAAAAUGAUUACCAAGUCAUUGCAGAAUAUUACUGAAAUCUCUGCUGAUGAUGACUUGGAGCUUGUUGUGAAGGAUGUAGUUGCUCAGACAUCAGGAUUCACACCCAGGGAUUUACGUUCACUAAUUGCUGAUGCUGGUGCGAAUGUGAUUCCCAAGGAUGUUUUUCUAACUGAUCCUGGAAAGACAAUAGAGGAUAAUUCUCUUAGACAUGAGCGCAUGCAGUCUACACCUGUUGAAGAGAUUAUUCAGCAACCUAGAAAAGAAGAUUUGUCAAAAGCAUUGGAGCGCUCAAAGAGGAGGAAUGCAUCUGCACUAGGUGCACCUAAGGUUCCGAAUGUUAAAUGGGAGGACGUUGGUGGACUUGAAGACGUGAAGAAAGCAAUUCUGGAUACUGUCCAGCUACCUCUUCUACACAAGGAUUUGUUUUCAUCUGGGUUGCGUAAACGUUCAGGGGUUCUUCUUUAUGGUCCUCCAGGCACAGGAAAGACUCUAUUGGCAAAAGCCGUGGCGACAGAAUGCUCUCUGAAUUUUCUAAGUGUAAAAGGACCUGAACUGAUCAAUAUGUACAUAGGGGAGUCUGAGAAAAAUGUGCGAGACAUAUUUCAAAAGGCUAGAUCAGCACGUCCAUGUGUCAUCUUUUUUGACGAACUUGAUUCACUGGCCCCAGCUCGGGGUGCUUCAGGUGAUUCUGGGGGCGUUAUGGACAGAGUUGUUUCUCAGAUGCUUGCUGAAAUUGAUGGCCUCAGUGAUUCUACCCAGGACUUGUUUGUAAUUGGGGCAAGCAAUCGCCCUGAUCUUAUUGACCCAGCACUCCUGCGACCUGGUCGAUUUGACAAGCUCCUCUAUGUUGGGGUUAAUUCUGAUCCAUCUUAUAGAGAGCGAGUCCUUAAAGCACUCACCCGGAAGUUUAAACUGCAUGAAGAUGUAUCGCUUUACUUUAUUGCGAAAAGAUGCCCGCCGAAUUUUACUGGCGCAGAUAUGUAUGCCUUGUGUGCAGAUGCUUGGUUUCACGCUGCAAAACGGCAGGUCUUAAGUUCGGCAUCAGAUUCAUCCAGUAAUGAUGGCAAUGUCGACACGAUUGUUGUGGAAUAUGAUGAUUUUAUUAAGGUCUUGGAAGAGCUAAAUCCAUCUCUCUCCCUAACAGAGCUCAGGAAAUAUGAGAUGCUGCGGGAUCAAUUUGGAGGAGGUUCAAACUGAACUCCUUGGUAAAAUUUUCAGAUUGCUCAUACAAUUUAACCUCAGAUAAAGGAUACGAUUCUUUUUUUUUGGAUGAGAUGAUUAAGGAUAUUUCAAGUGAAAAUUUAUGUGACUUACUGGCUGUUGGAUUCAUACUGUUAUCGGCUUUUGUAUACUUUUUAUCUGACGCACAAGUAAUGUGUUUUUGGAGUGUGAUACCAUAUUUGGGCGAAUAUGUGCAAGUGAUCAAAUGAAGUAAAUUCGUGGAGAAAUAAUGUAAUUUUGGUAACACAUGGGCAGACUAUAACACAGAUUCUCAGGCAAGAUGCAAAGCCUGACCAGCAACACGCGUUGUGCUUCCCAAAGCUAGACCGUGCAUCUUUGAGUACUUUAAACGGAGCCCCUAUGCUUGCACAUACAUUAUAUAAGUGUGUUUGUGUUCGGUUUUUGUACAUCAAUGUCUUAUUGAGAAGAUACUGACGCUCCUGGACUAGGUUACAGAUGAUCAUGGAUGAAACUGGAAGUCUACUUUCUGAUAUGAAGUUAUGUUGCUUGUAUUCACUAUGUCUACAGAGAAGCUCAUCGUGUUGCAGCCGGAUUUAAAAAUUAGCGCAUGUAUUCAAGGGGUGUUUUAUGUAAUUCUUAAUAAGUUGUAAAUUGUACCCCUGAGAGAAGGGUACCUAGCAUUUAGCAAGCAUUCAUUUUUGAGCAAAACAAAUUGUACUUGAAUUUAUAUGAACUUACAGUUCCUUAAGACACAGAAUGUUUUAAGGUGAAAUAAUAUGGUUUAACUUAUUUAGAA